ACUGUCGUGACAUUAACGAAUGCCUCACCACAAUGGCGGAUGUGACCAGAACGCUCAGUGCAUCAAUACUGAUGGCUCGUUCAAGUGCGUGUGUGACGGUGGCUUUAAGGGCGAUGGCUACUCGUGCCAGGAUGUUGACGAGUGCUUGGAGGACGGAGGCUUGUGCGAGAACGGACACUGCCUCAACUACGCGGGCUCGUUCCGCUGUGAGUGCGAAAUGGGAUUCAUGCACCCCGACGACCACAGCGAGACCUCGUGUGUUGAUAUAAAUGAAUGUCAGAUGUUCAACAACCUAUGUGUAUUUGGACGCUGUGAGAAUGUGUUUGGAAUGUUUCGAUGCGAAUGCAACGAGGGAUAUCAACUGGACAAUUCUGGAGCGGUGGCCGGGCUAGCGAUCGAGUGGGACACCAGCAAAAACAUGGUGUCCAAUCUGGCCUGCCUAGAAUUGUACCGAUAUAACGAGUGUGAGAGCCCACAGGCAUGUCUCUAUGGUAAAUGCAUCAACACUCAAGGAAAGUUCAUCUGUGAAUGCCCACCCAACUACCAACUUGUCCCCGCUGGCAAUGCUUGUAUUGACAAACGCGAGUCGCAGUGCUACUUGAGCGUGGAGCAGAUCGAAGGCCGGAGCCGAUGCUCGAUGGAGACGGGCAGUCCGAUGUCCAAGUCGGCUGCUGUUGCAGCGUCGGCAAAGCGUGGGGCAGCUACUGCGAGGCCUGUCCACCCCCACACUCCGACCAGUACCGCACCCUCUGCCCCAGCGGACCCGGCUACAAACCCAACACCGUCACCCUAGUGGAGGGAGACAUAAACGAAUGCGAGGAGCAUGACAGCAUGUGCCAGAAUGGACAUUGCACCAAUACAUUGGAAGUUUCAUGUGCUCAUGUAAUGAUGGUUUCAGGCUGGAUAGCACCAAU